AUGGCUGAGGCCAGUGUCAGUAACAGGGACAUUUUCAUGUGUCCUAUUUGUUUGGGUCUUCUGAAUGAUCCGGUGACUCUUACCUGUGGACACAGCUACUGUUUGCACUGCAUUGAGGACUGCUGGGAUAAGGGCGACAAGGGCGUUUACAGUUGCCCUGAGUGCAGACAGACUUUUGCUCAACGACCUGUUUUAAACAAGAAUAUUAUACUUGCUGAGCUCGCGGAUCAAAAGAAGAGCAGAAUACAAACUGCAGCUCCUGUUGAAUGUGCUGCUGGACCUGGAGAUGUGGCCUGCGACGUCUGUACUGGGAGAAAACUCAAAGCUGUCAAGUCCUGUCUGGAGUGUCUCAAGUCGUACUGUGCCACUCAUCUAAAAGCUCACAAUGAACUUAUAGAUGGGAAUCACACCAUUACCGAUGCCACAGGCCAGCUACAGGAGAGGAUCUGCAGUAGUCAUAAGAAGGUUUUUGAAAUAUUCUGUCGCACAGACCAGAGUUGCAUCUGCUAUCUGUGUACGAUGGACGAUCAUAAAGGCCACGACACAAUCACAGCGAAGGCAGAGUGGAGUCAUAAAAAGGAGGUUUUGGGGCAGAGCCAGAGGAAAUGCCAGCAGAUAAUCCAGUUGAAGGAGAAGGAGCUGCAGGAGCUGAGGAAGGCUGUGGAGACUCUCAAGUCUGGUGCACAGACAGCAGUGGAGGAGAGUGAGAGGAGGUUUACUGAGAUGAUCCGGUCCAUUGAGAAAAGGUGCUCUGAGGUGACAGAGCUGAUCAGAGCUCAGGAGAAGGCUGAGGUGAGUCGUGCUGAAGGACUCCUGAAGCGACUGGAGCAGGAGAUUGCUGAGCUGAAGAGGACAGAUGCUGAGAUGAAGCAGCUUUCACUGACACAGGAUCCCAUCCAUUUCCUCAAGAAUAUCGUGCCCAUCAAUGGGAGGCCUUACAGCACAAUUUCAACCAGCGUGACCUUCAGCCAAAACUUCUCCUUGGAGCCCCUGAAGGAAUCUGUGUCUGCACUGAAGUUGCAGCUGGAGGAGAAAUUAGAGUCAGUCUUCAAGCAGGAAAUAGUCAAAAUAUCAGAAGCAGCUGUGAAGAACAUUCAGAUCAUCGAGAGCAUACAGCAUACUGAUCCUGAACUCCCAGUCAGAAGAACAAGCAGCAAGGAGGGCCUGCCACCACUUAUGUCUGAUGGCCAGGCUCUUGUUGCUGAACCAGUGACCAGAGAGGACUUCUUAAAAUAUUCCUGUCACUUCACUCUGGAUCCAAACACAGCACACAGACUCCUCCAUCUGUCUGAGGGGAACAGGAGGGUGGAGCUGAGACCUGGGGCCCAGUCAUAUCCUGAUCAUCCAGACAGAUUUGAUAGGUCGCAGCAGGUGCUGUGUAGGGAGGGUGUGUCUGCACGCUGCUACUGGGAGGUUGAAUGGAGUGUGUAUGUUGGUAUAGCAGUGUCAUCUAAAAGUAUCAGCAGGAAAGGAAGGGAUUAUGGGUCUAUGUUUGGAGUGUGA